AGUGACAGAGCGGGGCAGACGAGGCAGCUCCCAGGAGUGGGGGGAAAUCCCCCCCCUUCGCGUAACCCUUGGAAAGAGGGGAGGUGUCAGGGGGAAACUCCCCCCGCCCCUGGAACCGAGCGGGAGGAUUUUGUACACACCGAGCUCGGGACGGGCGGGGGUUUUGCUGCCUUUGCUCCUGGCGUGUCCGGACCGGCGAUGAAGCCCCGGCCCCGCGUGUGAACCGGACUCCGCCGCCGCUGAAGCGGGGCUGGGAGCUGUGGGGCGAGCGCUGCAGGGAUUUUGGUGCGCGGCGGCGGCGGGGGGGUCUCUCGCUUUUUUUUGUUUUUCCUUUUUCUUUGCACAACCUGAUGAGUUGCUGAGGGAGGGGAGGGGGUUGAUCUCCCCCCCCCACCUCCUCCCCUGCAAACUCCCCCACCCCGCCUCGCUUGGCAAGUCGAUGGGCGCCCUGGACCCAAUCUCCGGAGCCAGCAGCCCCGCGCUCACCAUGCUGAAUGGGGCCGAGAGCCAAAGUUUUGCCAAGGAGCCGCUGGAUCUGCAGGGGGCCAAGGAGCCGGCCGAGCUGAAGAUGGGCGUCCCGGAGCGGUUCUACUUCCCCGACGCCCCGGCUCCGGAGGGCUGCCCGCUGAACCUGCCCUACAGCGCCCCGAUGGUCCCGGGGGGCUUCGGGGGCAGCGCUCCGGCCACCGGCCGCUUCCUCGGCCCGGCCCUGAGCAGCUGCUCCGGCUACAGACCCCAGCCGCCGCCCGCCGCCGCCCAGCCGGGCGGCCACGGCUUCGCGCUGCCUCCCGGCGAGCUCUACCCCGGCGGCGGGGAGCUCUACCCGAGCCCGGCGGCGGGGGACAGCUGCUACCCGGGCGCCGUGCAGCACGUGUUCCCCCGGGGCCCGCUCUACCCGGUGCCCGGCUACCAGCUCUCCGGCAAGGUCCAAGUGAUGCUCAACAACUACCCGCUCUGGGCCAAGUUCCACAAGCACCAGACCGAGAUGAUCAUCACCAAACAGGGCAGGCGGAUGUUCCCGUUUCUCAGCUUCAACCUCUCCGGGCUGGACCCCGUGGCUCACUACAGGGUCUGCGUGGACAUUGUCCUGGUGGAUCAGCACCACUGGAGGUACCAAGGCGGGAAGUGGGUCCAGUGCGGCAAGGCUGAGGGGAACAUGCCAGGUAACCGGCUGUACAUCCACCCCGACUCAUCCAACACCGGGGCCCACUGGAUGCGCCAGGAGGUCUCGUUUGGAAAACUCAAGCUCACCAAUAACAAGGGGGCAUCCAAUAACAUCACACAGAUGAUCGUGCUGCAGUCGCUGCACAAGUACCAACCGCGGCUGCACGUGACGGAGGUGAAGGAGGGGGAAGGGGAUGAGGCCUACCCCUCCGGCAACACCCAGACCUUCAUCUUCCCGGAGACGCAAUUCAUCGCCGUCACGGCCUACCAGAACGCCGACAUCACUCAGCUGAAAAUCGACCACAACCCCUUUGCCAAGGGCUUCCGGGACAACUUCGACUCGAUGUACACGACAGCAGAGGGCGACCGCGUGACCCCGUCCCCGCCCGACGCCACCAGCUGCCAGCAGCUCCUGCCCGGCAGCCGCUUCCCGUCCUUCCUGCACGAGCAGUACCCGCUGCCCCAGAGCCGCUACUACAACGGGGAACCGCUGCAGCACAAGGAGCACCCCCGCUGGUACUUCGCCUCCCAGCAGCCCCCCGCCGCCCCCCUGGAUUACGGCGCCUACGAGGGCAGCUACGGCGGGAACAAGUACAUGCCCUUUGGCGUCAAGGCCUUCCCCCUGCCGGCCUCGCCCCACGCCACCCUGCCCUACUACCAGGAGCCCCACCCCUUCGGCUCGCCGCCCGCCGCCUGGCAGCCGCCCGCCAAGCCCAGCCCCGGGGCGCUGGGCUGGUUCCGGCCCGUGCGGGACGUCCGGCCCCUGCCCGCCAGCGAGGAGAAGGGGAAGGACGCGGAGGGCUGGGCCGAGCCGGCCUCGGUCAAGUCGGUGGACUCCUCGGACUCUGGACUCUUCGAGGCGGAGUGCAAACGCCGCAGGGUGUCGCCCUACGCCUCCAGCGCUGAGAGCUCGCCCCCCGCCCGCAACGGGGACCUGUACGACAAGGACGGGGGCGCCGACCCCGGCUACUACGGCUUUUACGGCAACUGAGGAGGGCGGGGAGGGAGCGUUUUCCUGGUGCUGCGGGGCUGGAGCUCCCCUGCCCCCCAAAUCAUAUCAGGUGUCCCCAGGGAAAGGGCGCGACGGGGGGCAGUUGCUGCAGACAGACGCAGCAGAGACGGUGAAGGUGGGGGGGGUGAAGCUUCUCUGGGUGACUUGCCCCCCCCCGGCCCCCCGGUGCACAGUUCAAGCCCUGCCCACACAAAUGUUACUGUUUGUUGGCAGGGGGCAGGGUAGGGGUGAGUGUGUGCCCGAACUCAGUGUGUGCCAGGCUGGCCCCUGCUGGCCCGUGUUUGUGCAGUGGCACAUGUGCACACGCCCUCGUGCGCCUGUGGUUGUAGUCGUGCACACGGGGGAGGGGGGCAGCCCCAGAGGUGCUCACACCCAUGUGCAUUUACACACUGGCCCAUGCCCCAGUCACGCACAAGCGCAUGGGCCCACAGUGCUGCACGCGCCUGUUCCCCCGCAUUGGUCACACAUACACAGGGGGGCUCACACGUGAGAGAAAAAUAUGCCCACGCCUGUGUGCCCAUGCGUGCUUCUGCACGGGGGGCCUGACACGCUCCCCUCUAUUAAAUUAGGCAAACAACCAACAAGGGCACCCCCCCAAAGCACCAACAAUGCAGUUACCCUGCAGCCAGGAGACCCGCUGAGGCUGCAGGCCUGGCCUGACCCUGCUUAUCACUGAUGCCCUGAGCGCCUGUCUUGCCAGCCCCAGGCCAGGGUGGGCUGGGCACAGGGGCACGUUUUGUUUCCCCACCUCCACCCCCAUUGCUCAGUGCUGCCCUCCGGUGGCAACCAGUGGUGGCGGGAGCACCCUCCUAGCAGCUUCAUUUCCCCCCAUUGCAGCAGGCACCUUCUGGCCCCCCACUUCUCCCCGAGCGUGCAGAGGGUUCGGGCGUGACGGGGGCCUGGUCCGUGCCCAGCGCAGCCCCCUGCAGGAAGGUGCCAAACCACAUGGGUGG